GUGAUAUAUUUUCUCUCUGCGUGGGAAUCCUUGCUUUUUUCCUCGGGAGUGCAUUAAAGACAGAGGGCAGCAGAGCUCCUAAACCCGAUUGCACGGGAUGUGUUCGGCACUGAGGAGUUUCUGAUACUCUCCAGCCGUCUGAGAAGGAUUUGCAUGGCUUUACAACUCACGCGGUAAGACUUUCUGCGCUUCUUCAAUCGCUGCGCAGUAGCGCGUCAAAGAAAGUUAGUGGCAGUUUGCGCGCGAGGCGACUCGAUUUUUUGGAUUGCUAUUCCGAUGGUUGACAAGUCGUUGGAUGGAGAGGUGAGCAUGCUGUAAUAUAUGAAGAUGCGCCAGAGGUCGUGGCUCUAUAAAUGGUUGGGAAUAGGCAUUGGCGUUCUUCUGCUCACCGCUGCUAGCUAUUCUCAAGACUCAGAAGACUGGCAGUAUGAGGAGUGCAAGCUUUCCAGAACAGGCCCGCCUGCCACCAUCGUAGCCAUCGAUGAGGGGAGCCCUAAUGGAACGCUUCUGGUGGAGAACAUGCAGAUAAACGGCAGAGCAGAAGACCCUGACAGGACCAUCUCUUUAUCUUUACGAGACAACAAUGACUACUGGGUCAUUCUGGACCCGGUCAAGCAGCGCCUGUAUCUCAACAGCACCGGACGAGUUCUGGACCGAGAUCCUCCCUCCUACAUCCAGUCCAUUGUGGUGCAGGUUCAGUGUACUAAUGAGCUUGUUGGCACGGUGAUCCUACACGAGGUGCGGAUAGUCGUGCGGGAUCGAAACGACAACGCCCCACGCUUUCAGCAGCCGCGCUACUAUGUGGCCGUUAAUGAGCUAACGCCUGUCGGAACCACCAUCUUCUCAGGUUUUACAGGAAACAACGGGGCUGUUGACAUAGAUGAUGGUCCUAAUGGACAGAUUGAAUACACCAUUCAGUACAACCCUAGAGAUCCGACCACCAACAGGACAUUCGACAUCCCCCUCACCCUGUAUGGAUCUGUGGUUCUCAGAGAGAGGCUGAAUUAUGAAGAAAUCACACGCUACCUUGUCAUCAUUCAAGCCAAUGACCGAGCUCCAAACCCGAAGGACCGGCUCACUGCCACCACCACGCUCACAGUGGAUGUUUUGGAUGGGGACGACCUGGGCCCGAUGUUUCUGCCUUGCAGUUUGGUUGACAACACCCGUGACUGCAAACCUCUUACGUACCGCGCCAGCAUCCUGGAGCUCACUGAUCCUAGCCGAGUUAACCCUGUUAACGUGACUCCCCCCAUCCAAGCUGUGGAUCAAGACAGAAACAUCCAGCCUCCGUCAGACCGCCCAGGAAUCCUGUACUCUAUCCUUAUAGGGAAACCUGAAACGUAUGGUGAGUUUUUUUGGAUGAAUCGGAGCACCGCUGAACUGCAGCUCCUGAAAGCCAUCAGCAGAGAGAAGUAUCAACAUUUCGACCUGGUGAUCAAGGCGGAGCAGGAUAACGGACACCCUCUCCCGGCGUUCGCUAAUCUCCACAUUGAGGUGCUCGAUGAGAACAAUCAGGCGCCGUAUUUCCAGGUGGCCACUUAUCAUGGAUUCAUCUCAGAGUCUGCUCCUCUGGGCACCACCAUCUCCAGCAGUGCCAAUCUCUCCACCCCGCUCGCCAUUAUCGUCCUGGAUAACGACAUCGAGGAGACGAAAGAUCCCAUGGUGCGCAUCUCUCUGGACAACUACAACGGCAUCUUUGCAGUGACGGCGGGUGGAAUUGUACGCUACCUGACACUACUGAGGCCCGUGGACCAUGAAGAACAGCCGACUUAUGCCUUCACGAUGAUCGCCUCGGAUGGAGUCCAGGAAAGCGCUCCGGUCACCGUUAAUAUCACUGUGAUUGAUGCCAAUGACAACACGCCAACCUUCCCCAACGUCUCCUAUGGUGUGAAUGUUUACACAGACAUGCAACCCGGGGACCCAGUCUUGCAGCUGACAGCACUGGACGCUGAUGAGGGUCCCAACGGCCUGGUGAGCUACAAGAUCUUGGCGGGGGAUCAGGGACAUUUCACUAUCAAUGACUGCACAGGAGUGAUCACAGUGCUGCCUAGCGUCAACCUGACCGUCGGCCGAUCCUACGCCCUCACCGUCCGGGCCACCGACAACGGCCCCAUGGCCCAGAGAAGAAGUUCCAUCACUACGGUUUACAUUGAAGUUCUGCCACCAAACAACCAGAGUCCUCCUCGUUUCCCACAGCUCAUUUACAGCCUGGAGAUCAGCGAAGCCAUGAGGACUGGAGCCACACUGCUCAACAUACAGGCAACGGACCGUGAAAAAGAUCCCAUUACGUACAGCAUCCAGAAAGGAGAUCCAAACAAUGUCUUUGAAGUCUCCCAAACGUCUGGGCUGUUGUUGCUGGCGAAGACGUUGGACAGAGAGAUCACAGAUCACUACACACUAACAGUUACAGCCUCCGACGGCAAACCAGAUGGGACCUCGACUGCUACAGUGAAUAUAGCGGUGACUGAUGUCAAUGAUAAUGACCCUGAGUUCGAUCCGCUGCUGCCCCUUAAUCUCACAGUUCAAGAGGAAGAGGCUAAUGCUUUUGUGGGUCAAGUAAAGGCCACCGAUCUAGACCUGGGCAUUAAUGGACAGGUCCGCUACCGUCUGGUCAGUUACCCGGAUCUCUUCCGGAUCAGUCCUGACGGAAACAUCUUCACGGCUGUGCCUCUGGACCGUGAGGAGAGGGCUCAAUAUGAUCUGAUCGUGCAGGCUUCAGAUGGGGCCAAAGACCCUCGGCGGACCACCAUCACGCUCUCCAUCACAGUGCUGGAUGUGGAUGACAACAGCCCGGUUUUCUCUCCACCUGCAUAUCACACCACACUGCCAGAAAACAGCCCAGUGGGGACUGUCAUCCUCAACAUCAGCGCACAGGACCCCGAUCUUGAUGCCAAUGUCACCUACCGAAUCAGGACCAAAGAGGCCAGAGAGCUGUUUGCAGUGAACCCUCUCACCGGAGAGCUGAAGGUGCUUCGAUCACUGGAUUUCGAGAAACUCUUACCGAACGCAACAACACAAACCUUCGUGGUGGAGGCUCUGGAUGGAGGAAGCGGAAAAAUGCCCCCAGGAUUGGCUUCGGUUACUGUCACUGUAUUGGACAUGAACGACUUCCCGCCAGUGUUCAGUCAAACGCUGUACCGGGGAAUGGUGGCACCCAACGCUGUCAAGGGGACCAUAGUGACUGCGGUACAUGCUGAGGACCUGGACCCGCCGGGUACAGCGGCAAGUCGAGUUCACUAUAAAGCGGAUCUGGAGCAGUUUCCUUACAGCACUAGUAUCUUUGACGUGGAGGAAAACUCUGGAAACAUUUUCACUAGGGUCAAUCUGAACGAGGAGCCCAACACUAAAUUCAGCUUGGCAGUUAUUGCUUAUGAUGACGGGGAGCCGAUGAAGUUCAAUAAGUCUCUGGUGGAGAUCACUGUCCUGCAGCCGUCCAUCAUUCCUGUGUUCACACAAGAGGAGUACAGGUUUGCUCCGGUCAGUGAGAACGCCCCGGUGGGAACGGUCGCUGGAGUCAUCUUGGCGGCUGCUAUAAACCAAACCAUCGUCUACUCUAUCAUUGAAGGAAAUGAAGGCGGUGAAUUUGUGGUGAACAACAACACCGGAGUAAUCAGCACUGCAAAACCUCUGGACUACGAGAGCAACAGCAGUUAUGUCCUGCGCGUGGAAGCGGACUCCAUGAGGGUGGUGUCCUCCAACCUACGAGCCCCAGCCAAAAGCAACACGGCAAAGGUCUUCAUUGAUGUGCGAGACGAGAAUGAUCAUCCUCCUGUGUUCACUAAGCCCUUUUACCUCGGCGGGGUUGCAGAGGAUGCCAAGACCUUCACCUCAGUUUUACAAGUCCAGGCUCUGGAUAAGGACACAGGGAAUUACAGCACCAUGCUGUAUAGGCUGAUUAUCCCCCCAACUACUGACGGCAAAGACGGCUUUGUUAUUGAGCCCUUCACUGGGGUAAUUAAGACAGCCAUCAUGUACAGGAACAUGCGCCGCUCCUACUUCAAGUUUGACGUGGUGGCGACGGAUAACUAUGGCGAAGGACUCAGCAGCAGCGCUCAAGUGGUGGUGUCAGUGGUUAACCAGCUGGACAUGCAGGUGGUCGUAUCCAACGUGCCGCCCACGGUAGUGGAACAGAACAAGGACCGGCUCAUCGGGAUUUUAGAGCGUUACGUCCAGGACCAGAUCCCAGGAGCUAAAGUAGUUAUGGAGUCAAUUGGAGCGCGUCGAUUUGGCGAUGGUUAUGAACAAGAGGACUACACCAAAUCUGACCUGAUGGUUUACGCAAUCGACCCUCUGACCAACAGAGCCCUUUCAAGACAAGAGCUCUUCAAGUUUUUGGAUGGAAAGCUGCUGGACAUCAAUAAGGAGUUUCAGCCCUACCUGGGUCGCGGAGGUCGAAUUUUGGAGAUCCGCACACCGGACGUGGUGGAGAGCGUGACGAGAGCUGUUCACUCUGUGGGAUACACUGAAGGAGCUUUGCUGGCACUGGCCGUCAUCAUUAUCCUGUGCUGUAUUCCUGCCAUCCUCAUCGUCAUCAUCACCUACAGACAAUUCAAAGAGCGGCAGGCAGAGUGUGCAAAAACAGCCCGGAUCCAAAUGGCUCUUCCCACUGGCAAAUCUGGAGGUGCUGCCACCAACAAUCUGUAUGAAGAACUCGGCGACAGCACCAUGAGAGGCUACGGGCAUCAGGAGCAACAGCAGUUGCUUCGGCCCUCUCUCUUGAGACCUGAGGAACUCUCUAUGGAGUCUGGCAUUGACCCAGGACAGGACUAUUAUACGCAGGAUUACUAUAAUUAUGACCACGGCUAUGACUUGCCUCAGUAUGGAAGUCGACGGAAGCUGAUCUCUCCAUCAGGGAUGUAUGAUGAAUACGGAGAGGUGAUUAUGGAAGAUGACGGCAGCUACUACUACAGUCCACAUGAAUCUGAGGGAGAGGUUGCUAGGCAAGGAAGAAGGCUGGCUCAACAUCCAGGCAAGGCUCCGCCACCAAACCUGCCAAAACUUGCUUUCGGAGACCAACCUCCAAUGCUUGGAGCAGCUGAUGGCAUCACACACCCUUACAGCUCAAAGGCAUCAACAAAACUUGGCCAGAUGUUUGACAGGAGGUCUGCCCCAGCUCCAUUCCACCUUCCUUGGAAGAACAACAGAAUAUUUCCGAUUGUAUGUCCUGAGCAAAAAGAAGGAAGUACGGAUGACUUCAAACCAACCAGGAUGCAACAUUCAAACAGUGUGGAUAAUGGCGUGUUCAUCGACGGCAGCUAUUUCCAGACUAAAGAAGCCUUAACUUCAGCAAAAACAAGACUUGGCAAAGUUUUGAGUCAGAUGAACAUCUUGAAAACAUUGCAAACUCAGAAGAACUCUGUGAGCAGCAUUAGUGAGGCGGUAGAUCAUAGAAAUAAUGGGAGUUUCUCAAUCCCUUGGCCAGUCAACAGGACAGAAAGAGAGUUACAGAGAAUCCCUGGUGCUGCUAUGGAAAGUGAGGUAGAAAACAGGGAAGAAAGAGGUAGGAGCAGGGAAGACAUCAUUCGACAGUCUUACACCGGAAGUGCCAUGUCAUUCAAACAUCAUCAUCCAUACCAACCAAAAGAAGGAGCGCAUAUGAGUAGUUUAGACUCUGACGAUGAUCAAGACCAGAGUCAUUUUGAUUCCGAUGGUGAGAGCCAAACAAAUACUCAGCUAGAUGACACUGAAAUAGAGUCAAAGACUGAAACAGACUCUGAAACGGAGACAGAUCAAGAGACAGACACUGAAUUAAUAUCCGAGACGGAAAACGAAUCUGCGCAGGAGGCAGCAAAGGAGUCAAGCUCAGAAGAGGGUAGCAGUGGAAAAUACAGCAUCAAAUCUGUCAGAUCUUCUCAGUCCAGACAAAAUGCCACAUAUUCUGAAAGCACCAAGUCCAGAGAUGACUUGGAGGAAGGUGACUCUGAGGGCCACAGUAAGAAUACAAUGUCCUCUAGGUCUAGUUAUUCUCCAGAGAGAAGGAGAAAUUCAAGCUUCCACAGUCUGAGCAACUUCUCUAUUGCUGGUAGUAGUGUAGCCAGAGAGAUCGACAAACUCUCACCUAUAAAUGAGAAUGAAGAAGGAGAGGCGACUCCAGAAAGAAGCGGUAGCCCUGAUAAUAGUUCCAGCUCAUCGGAUGGAGCAAGAAACCUCAAAGACGAUGGGGAGGAUGAGGACUCUAAUUCUGACGCAGUUGAGACUGUUGCCACCUCCUGAAUUAUAUCUCGAUACGUUCAGUAAGACUGGCCAUUGCCUUCAUGUUUUGUGUUGAACUUUUUGAAUGCCUUCAUCUGAUUGGAGUUCUUCUUCUUGUCUUUCUCUCGCUGAGCACUACUUGGCAUUUCUCCUAACCUUUGCUGAAUAGCAUGCAUGCUACCUUUACAGGGCACUCUUCAAAAGUUUGGGUCAGCAAUUAAUGGUCAAUCAGAAUCAGGUUAGAUUUUGUUGUUUAAUGUAAGCCAAUGGCAUUUGGUCAAUGAGCACAUUACUUUUAAUGAGCUCAUAAAAUGACAUUCGGUUUGUGUUUGGCUCUUUUGCUUUUUAAUGAUGGGCAGGGUGGGAGUUUUCUAGGAAGGCUGAUGUGAUUUAACAUAGAUCAAAAACUAUUUAUUUUCAGUAUUUUGUAAAAACUUGAAAAGAUUCUGUCUCCCUUGCCUUCCUAGACAGAACGCCACUUUUGUGUGCUGUGUUCAGUAAGUACAAAUCUAAAGUCAUUUUAA